AUGAAUGGUCGUAUGGAUUCUAAAAGGGUUGCAACCUUUCGGAACCAGUUCCUCUUGCCUAUAAAUACAUUAAUUCUUCAGAUUUUUUCCUUACGAAUUUUUCUGAUUUCUUCUUCUUCUGCACAAGGUUUCUUCAUGUACUUUACUACUGUUGAGUGGUUCACUGACACCAGAGUUUUGGGUAUCAAUACACUGAUUCUGUUUAUUGAAAUCGAUUCUGAUUCUGAAAUGGCAAAUGAUAAUGUGACGGUGACUGUUGCUGUACCAACCCGAACUGAUGUACCACCAGCAAAGAAACUGGAAAAAUUCUCUGGUGUGAAUUUCAAAGGAUGGCAGCAACGGGCAGACUUCCUAUGUAAGGACUACAUUUUGAGUGCUUUAGAAGAUGACUUACAUAAUAACUAUAGUGCAAUGACAACUUUGAAAGAAUUGUGGGAUGCACUUGAGAAGAAAUAUAAGACAAAAGAUGCAUGCUUGAAAAAUUUUGUGGUCGCAAAGUUUUUAGACUAUAAAAUGUCAGAUAAUAAAACUGUUGGAUCACAAAUGCAGGAACUUCAACUUAUUUUCCAUGAUCUGAAUGCUAAAGAUAUGGUAGUAAAUAAAGCUUUUCAAGUGGCUGAAAUAAUCAAGAAGCUGCCUCCUUCGUGGAACGAUUUCAAGAAUUAUCUAAAGUACAAACGUAAGGAAAUGAAGCUUGAAAAUCUUGUGAUUCGGCUCAGGAUUGAGGAAGAUAACAAGACCGCCGAAAAGAAGUUUCGUAAGAGUUCGAUAAUAAUUGGAGUUAAUAUUGUUCAAGAAGCUCCUACUAAAGGCAAGAAGAGAAAGAAGUCCAACGGACAAAAGUCAGAACAGGCCAAAAAGAAAUUCAAGGGCAAUUGUUACAACUGUGGUAAGGCUGGUUACAAGUCUUCUGACUAUCGUGCUCCAAGAAAGGACAAAGACAAAGACAAAGGCAAAGCAAACAUCGUGGAAGAGAUGGAAGAUGCAGAUGACCUAUGUGCAAUGAUCUCGAAGUGCAACUUAGUUGGAAAUCCCAAGGAGUAG